GUUCGAAUUUCCCCCCAUCUGAAAAAGUCGGGUUGAAGACCGCCAGAAGGGCUUGCCGCAACCUCUGCAACCAUUGAAGCCUCGAGGAGUCUCAUCGCCAAACCGCAAUCAUGGCUGUUCCUGGCACUCAGAUCUCCAAGCGGAGAAAGUUCGUCGCCGACGGUGUUUUCUACGCCGAGCUGAACGAGUUCUUCCAGCGUGAGCUGGCCGAGGAGGGCUAUUCCGGCGUCGAAGUCCGCGUCACCCCGACCGUCACCGACAUCAUCAUCCGCGCCACACACACCCAGGAGGUCCUGGGCGAACAGGGCCGCCGCAUCCGCGAGCUCACCAGCCUCAUCCAGAAGCGCUUCAAGUUCCCCGAGAACUCGGUCUCCCUCUAUGCCGCCAAGGUCCAGAACCGCGGUCUCUCGGCCGUCGCCCAGUGCGAGUCGCUCCGCUACAAGCUCCUCAACGGUCUCGCCGUUCGCCGUGCCUGCUACGGUGUUCUUCGGUUCAUCAUGGAGAGCGGCGCCAAGGGCUGCGAGGUCGUCGUUUCUGGCAAGCUGCGCGCCGCCCGCGCCAAGAGCAUGAAGUUCACCGACGGUUUCAUGAUCCACUCCGGCCAGCCGGCCAAGGACUUCAUCGACAGCGCCACCCGCCACGUCCUGCUCCGCCAGGGUGUUCUGGGUAUUAAGGUUAAGAUCAUGCGCGGCAGCGACCCCGAGGGCAAGGCUGGCCCGCAGAAGUCGCUCCCCGACGCCGUCACCAUCAUUGAGCCCAAGGAGGAGACCCCGGUUGUUCAGCCCAUGAGCCAGGACUACGGCGCUAAGGCCGCCGCUGCCCAGGCUGCUGCCGAGGCGGCGCGCCAGGAGGAGCAGGCUGGUGAGGAGGAGCCCGUUGCCGCGGAGCAAUAGGAUGGUUCCGGCGAUGGGUUUGGCGUUCCUCCCCCCGCCGAGGCUCCCGUCGAUUAUAGCUGGUAGUCGCGGGGCGAGGCGUGCCCUGACUGGGGGGUUUUCUUUGAGCGCUCCACACGCUCGACGGUAUGAUUGCGGAUGGAUGGGUCACUCGGCGUCAACUUUGAGCAUAUUUUAUUGAGUCUGCGAAACGGGAAAACGGACGGGAUGAUGCUUUGGAGGGUGGAAUUGUAACUAUCCAGGCAUAUCCCAUGGACAGGGCUGUUAACGUCGGACGAUCCUGAACUCGCAUGGAGGAAUAAACCUCUCGGAACAACCCUUUCUCGUGCUUCGGUGUUGUGCUUGUGAUGAUAGCGUCCUGAUCCAACUGAACAGCUUCGUUAGCGGAUUGUAAAGCUCCGAUGUGGGCCAAAAUCGUUGAGCCGGGACUUAAG